AUGUGGAAGAUUCUGGUCCUUGUCCUUUUCGGGACCCUGGUCAACUUUUCAGAAGGAAAUAAAGUGGGCCUCAUCUCCAUGCUGAGCUUUGCAGAAUAUGAAUCAGUUGUGGGCAGUCAACUGAAAAAGGACGGGCUUCUCCAGAACCAAUUGAAGAAGAUUGCCCUUGAAGAUAUUCAGCUUCCAGGACUACUUGGGUUGUUAAAGAUCAAUGGGCUUAAUAUUGCGGACGUGGUGCUCACAACACACAAGUUGAACUAUGUGCCAGGACUCAGAGGAGCUGAAAUGAUUACCGGGAUCCGCCUGAGCAUUGGUGGCUCUCUGGGAAUUCUGGGAGAUGGAGAAUGUACGUUUACUGUCUGUGUGUCACUUCCUAGGUUGGCUGGAAUCCCGACUCUGAUCAAAAUCUCCGUGGAGUUUCAAUCCAGUGUCAAAUUGGAACUUACAGAUUAUCAGGCAGGAUCUCUCAGAGUGAUCUUCCGGGAAUGUAAUCUUUUAUUUGGAGAUAUUACCAUCGAAAUUCUCAGUGUGAAUCUUACACCCACAGCACUUAACAUCAUCAAGAACUCAAUAAUCGGCAACAUCAACGUACAGAUUUGCAACAUCUUACAAAUUGUCAUCAAUGUGGUGAGAGAUAGGCUGUUGGACACGAUGAACGUGGUCAUCCCCUUUGAGCCCUUUGGGAGCCUGAGGUGUCAACUGGCCAGCUUGCCUAAUACAAUCGAUAGCAUCCUCUGGUUACAUCUCUUUGUUGACUUUGACAUCGGGGGCCAAGGUCUCCUCUCCAUCCCCGAUUCGGCCCCAGAUAUAAUCCUGCCCCCGCUGGAGAAAUAUCGUUAUUGCCAGUGUGUCCAUGCCGCCGUACUCAACAUCUUCCUUUCGGUGGUCCUCAGGAUACAACCUCAGGAGUUCAGCUGCACGCCCAGCGUGUUUUCUAGAGCUGAUGAACUGCGAGCCGCUAUCUUAGCUCUGAUACCAGAUCCACCUCCCUUCAUCUCCUCGGCCAUCCUGUACUUCCGGAUCAGCCUCUUGCAAAGUCCCGUGCUUCAGCUUGGAAACGGUUUUGCCAUCGUCAAGGUUUCGGCCCAAAUAGAGUUCUUCGUCAAGAACUCUGAUGGCUCAAGAACUUCCAUAGUCAUUCUGCAAACGAGCCUCAGCCUGAGCGCGACCUUCUCAGUGACCAAAGGCUAUCUAUAUACUUCCUUGUCCAUCUCAAGCCAUAACGUGGCGUUGAUUUCUUCAGCUUUGGGCAUUACGGAUGUCAGCAGCAUUGAACCUCUCUGUGGCCACCUGAUGGGCGAAACCUUUUUGGUUUCCAUCAACGCAUUGCUCAGUGCCGCAAUCCCUCUGCCUCCCGUCAUGACUGUUAUAUUGGACAAGGUUUUAAUCCAAUUUAUUGAGCACGGUCUUCUCCUGUGUAUCUGAACCAGAGGACCAAUCCUGCACAGAGGUCUUCUUCGGAGCAAGAGGGAGAAAGCUGGACCAACAGGGACAAACAAAGGAGGAUGUGUUUCCUUGUUUGAUGCUUCUGACUUGAGUCCAACUGUUUCUUUAUCCAUGCAAUUCUUCUAAUAAAGAAGUUGCUUUUUCAGGGCAACCUGAAUGCUC